AAUAUAAGAACGUGUAGUGUGGGCGAUGAGCAGGGAGCACAGGGGCUGCAUUAGAUAUGUAUGAUUGUGUAGUCGUAUUGUAAUGGUGCAUCGUCGGUAUUUGUGUCAUGCACAAAAGCACUAUAUUAAUGUGGUUGCUGGCAGCCGGUUGUGGCUGUUCUGGAAGACGCCCCAAUGUCCUAGUAUUACUUGUUGAUGACCUAGGGUAUGGUGAUGUUGGAUGUUAUGGCAACUCGACGAUACCUACCCCAAAUAUCGACGGCCUGGCGCGGGACGGCAUGCGGUUCACCCAGUCGCUGGCGGCGGCCGCCACUUGCACGCCGUCGAGGGCGGCUUUGCUGACGGCGCGCUACCCGAUCCGUCAGGGCAUGGUUGCAGCGCCAUACGGCCAAGAUGUGAUCUUGUUUGUGGCGCAGCGCGGCGGUCUGCCCGACACAGAGGUCACGCUGGCCAAGGUUCUUGUGAACGAAGGCUACAACACAUCCUACAUAGGGAAAUGGCACCUAGGCGUCAGUUGUGAGACAUAUGGCGACAACUGUCACUCGCCCAACAACCAUGGCUUCCAGUAUUGGUACGGAAUGCCGUUGACCAAUUUGAAGGACUUCGGUGACGACGGGACAUCUGUCGUGACCGCCAUGCUUCCGAACUUUUUCCCCGUGAUGUACGCCGUGCUGGCCGGCUCCUGCAUGGCUGCCGCGGUGCUCCGGGGGCGCUCCCGGUGUCUCUUCUGGCUCGCUCUGCUCACCGCCCUGCUCGCGUCCGCCACAAUUCCCCUGGCGUCAAACGUCAAGCUCAUCAACUCGCUGAUCAUGAGGAACGGCGAGGUGGUAGAACAACCAAUCAGGUUGGUCGGGCUCACCCAAAGAUUUGUCGCUGAAACCAAAGAAAAGCUGGCCGAAUACAAGCAACAGGAUCGCCCGUUUUUCCUUCUGCAUGCGUUCUCAAAGGUGCACACGGCCCUGGCGACGGUACCCGAGUUCCGCGGCCGCUCGCGGCACGGCCUGUACGGCGACAGCGUGCUGGAGCUGGACUGGGCCGUCGGCGAGAUUCUGGCAGAGCUGGACCGGCUCGGGCUGGCCGACAACACGCUCGUGUACCUGACCUCCGACAAUGGCGGACACCUGGAGGAGCGUGGCGUCGCCGGCGACGUCCAAGGCGGGUACAACGGCCCACUCAGAGGUGGAAAGGGCAUGGCAGGAAUGGAGGGCGGCAUCCGCGUGCCCACCCUGCUGCGCUACCCGCCGCUGGCUCGGCCCGGCUCCACCAUCGACGCGCCGGUGUCGCAGAUGGACCUCUUCCCGACCGUGCUCAGCGUAGCUGGCGUGGACGCUAAGACCUAUGUGGGAGACCGGGUGUUGGACGGUCGUGACCUGACCCAGCUGAUCACAGGCCAGUCCAGUCGGUCGCCGCACGAGGUCAUGUUCCACUACUGCAGUGAAGCCAUCCACGCCCUGCGCUGGGUAGAGAACGAGAACACCACGUGGAAGGUGCACUUCUACCAGCCCCAGUGGCUGCCGGGGACGGCGGUAUGCCACGAUAUCUGCUUGUGCGAUAUGUCGGACCGGCUGGGGCGGCCGCACAUCUUCAACAUCCAAACGGACGCGAGCGAGCAGCGGCCGCUGGACGAGAACAGCGCCGAGUACGGCCGCGUGCUGGCCGCUAGCCGGCGCGCGGCAGCCCAGCACGCGGCCACGCUCGUCGACCUACCGGAGAGCCAAUUCAGCUAUGGGAACUUCAUGUGGCGGCCGAGUCUGCAGCCCUGCUGUCGGCCGCCCUGGUGCACCUGCACCGACCCGCGCUACCCGUAGUCGCCGUCGGCCGGCGGACGUGCCGACUGGAGCCGCAGACCAGGGCGGCCGCCGCGCCUCCUCCGGUGCGCGGGGUCAGCUUCAGCCGCGUCAACGGUGACGUUGCUGGUCCGUCCCCGGGCCCGUCGGCUGUCAGCUGACGUC